GAAGAAGAAGAAAGUAGUCUAACUGUACUGUAGCCUACAACAACUCAUGUCUAACAAAGAAACAAUAGCUUCCACAAUGGAUCGGGACAAAUCUAGCCCGUCCCCCUCCACCCUCCAGGAGUCCCCAGGUCGACCGCCUCCCGGUACUUUACUGCUGGGUCUGGUCGACGGCAGGAAAACACCGGGGCAGAGUGGAACUGAGAGAGGAGAAGAGGAACAUGGAGAUUUGAUUUCAUUAAGGGACAGCCCUAAUCGUUGCUCUCUCAGUGGGAGGGGCUUAUCAUCUGGGGAGCCUCAACAACAUCAUGAUGCUGACAAGACAGAGAAAAGUCUAUCCGGAUCAGAACACCUCAAGAAACACCAGCAGAGAGGUAUAGAGAAGAAACUUCAUCAUUGCUGCUCUGACUGUGGGAAGAGUUUUUCUAAACAGAGGGAAUUGAUAAUUCACCAGCGGAUUCACACCGGAGAGAAACCGUACCACUGCUCUCAGUGUGGGAAUAGUUUCACUGCAUCUAAAACCUUAAAAUGUCAUCAGAGAAUUCAUACAGGGGAGAGGCCUUACCCCAGCUUUGAUUGUGGGAAAUGCGUCUAUCAAUCAGUAACCCUAACUGCACACCAACGCAUUCACACAGGAGAGAAGCCUUAUCGUUGUGAUCAGUGUGGGAAGAGCUUCAAUAAAUCAGGAACCCUGACUAAACACCAACGGAUACACACAGGAGAGAAGCCUUAUAGCUGUGAUCAGUGUGGAAAGAGCUUCAAUCGAUCAGGAACCCUGACUAAACACCAACGGAUACACACAGGAGAGAAGCCUUAUAGCUGUGAUCAGUGUGGAAAGAGCUUCAAUCGAUCAGGAACCCUGACUAAACACCAACGCAUUCACACAGGAGAGAAGCCUUAUAGCUGUGAUCAGUGUGGAAAGAGUUUUGCUCUAGAUUCCACCCUAACGGCACACCAACGCAUACACACAGGAGAGAAGCCUUAUAGCUGUGAUCAGUGUGGGAAGAGCUUCAAUCAAUCAGGAACCCUGACUAAACACCAACGGAUACACACAGGAGAGAAGCCUUAUAGCUGUGAUCAGUGUGGGAAGAGCUUCAAUCGAUCAGGAACCCUGACUAAACACCAACACAUUCACACAGGAGUGAAGCCUUAUAGUUGUGAUCAGUGUGGGAAGAGUUUUGCUCUAGAUUCCACCCUGACUGCACACCAACGCAUACACGCAGGAGAGAAGCCUUAUAGCUGUGAUCAGUGUGGGAAGAGCUUCAAUCGAUCAGGAACCCUGACUAAACACCAAUGGAUACACAUAGGAGAGAAGCCUUAUAGCUGUGAUCAGUGUGGGAAGAGUUUUGCUCUAGAUUCCACCCUGACUGCACACCAACGCAUACACACAGGAGAGAAGCCUUAUAGCUGUGAUCAGUGUGGGAAGAGCUUUAAUCGAUCAGGAACCCUGACUAAACACCAACACAUUCACACAGGAGAGAAGCCUUAUAGUUGUGAUCAGUGUGGGAAGAGCUUUGCUCUAUCCGGAAACCUGACUAGACACCAGCGCUUACACACAGGAGAGAAGCCUUAUAGCUGUGAUCAGUGUGGGAAGAGUUUUGCUCGAGAUUCCACCCUGACUGAACACCAACGCAUACACACAGUAGAGAAGCCUUAUAGCUGUGAUCAGUGUGGGAAGAGCUUCAAUCAAUCAGGAACCCUGACUAGACACCAGCGCUUACACACAGGAGAGAAGCCUUAUAGCUGUGAUCAGUGUGGGAAGAGUUUUGCUCAAGAUUCCACCUUGACUGCACACCAACGCAUACAUACAGGAGAGAAGCCUUAUAGCUGUGAUCAGUGUGGGAAGAGCUUCAAUCAUUCAGGACAACUGACUACACACCAACGCAUACACACAGGAGAGAAGCCUUAUUGCUGUGAUCAGUGUGGGAAGAGCUUCAAUCAUUCAGGAGCCCUGAUUACACACCAGCGAAUACACACAGGAGAGAAGCCUUAUAGCUGUGAUCAGUGUGGGAAGAGUUUUGCUCACAAUUUCACCCUGACUGCACACCACCGCAUACACACAGGAGAGAAGCCUUAUAGCUGUGAUCAGUGUGGGAAGAGUUUUGCUCAAGAUUCCACCCUGACUGCACACCAACGCAUACACACAGGAGAGAAGCCUUAUAGCUGUGAUCAGUGUGGGAAGGGCUUUGCUCAAUCCGGAAACCUGACUACACACCAGCGAAUACACACAGGAGAGAAGCCUUAUAGCUGUGAUCAGUGUGGGAAGAGCUUUGCUCUAUUCGGAUACCUGACCACACACCAGCGAAUACACACAGGAGAGAAGCCUUAUAGCUGUAAUCAGUGUGGGAAGAGCUUCAAUCGAUCAGGACACCUGACUACACACCAGCGAAUACACACAGGAGAGAAGCCUUAUAGCUGUGAUCAGUGUGGGAAGAGUUUCUAUCAUUCAGGAGCCCUGAUUACACACCAGCGAAUACACACAGGAGAGAAGCCUUAUAGCUGUGAUCAGUGUGGCAAGAGCUUCAUGGCGUCAGGAAAUCUGACUAGACACCAGCGCAUACACACAGGAGAGGAGCCUUAUAGCUGUGAUCAGUGUGGAUAGAUUUCACACCAGUUCAUACACAUUGGAGAGAAACCUUACUCCUGUCUAUGUGGAAAGAGCUUUGCUCAUUCAGGGUCACUGAAAGCACAAACAUGUUUUCUUUCAUCUCCCUCCUCUCCAGCACCGGUUCCAGAUCCCUAAAUAAAGUUUCAAUAGA